CCUCAGGUGUCGAAACGUCCGUCGUGGUGUUGUUGCGGCGGUGUCUUGCGAGAUGCUGUAGGAAAUACGGCGAUAAAAGACUGUACCGAGUGUGAUUUUCGUGGAAAACUAGUGUUUUUGUAGUACCGAAGUGGUAUUAAAAUUAAAUACGUCUCCUUGUAUUUGUCCAAGCAAUUUUUGUGUUUUAUUCAACGGGAAUUUGUUAAAAUUUAUAGUUUAGGUAGUACCUCAAUGAUUCGUUAGUACCAAAAUUAAUAUAAUAAGCAUCUGUGAUAUCAACAUAGAAAAAAAAAUAUAGCAGAAAAAAUAUCAAGUCUCCAAACUGACAGUACACUUGACUCAAUUUGAACUAGACAGAUGUUAGACUCAAAAACAAGAAACACUUAUUCAAAAUAGUUCAGUGAAUUACCUGAAAACUGUACGAACCAUUAUUGGUACGAACAUUAUAAUAUUUUGGUGGACUAUUUAUAAGUACCAAAGUGACUAUAAGAAGACAAGUAGCUGGCAUCGCCGCUGGUAUUGAUUCCAAAUACCCCGGUGGUGCUUACAUGACAUUUAAAGAGAAUGGCAUGAUGUCCAGAUUUUACCUCAACUCAAAUUCUACACUAGCCAAUUACCAACAAUAUGAGGACCGUUUGACAGCCGGAGGUCACGGAUCCCUGACCAUCGGGGGCGGCUCUCCCGCCUCCUACGGCGCCGCUACCGGCUCAGGGGCGGCUGGAUCUAGGGGCGGCUCUGGGGCGGCCGCUCUACAUCACGCGGCCGCCAUGCAGCACCAGCUACCCCAGCCGGACUUCCAGCCGCCCUAUUUUCCGCCGCCCUUCCAUCAUGCCCCCAGUCCGCCGCCUCAGCAGCAUUUGGAGUACCUUACAGAUCCCUACGGAGGUCUCGGAGGAUUGCACCAUUAUAAUCAACUUGGUUUGAGGCCUAGAGAUGGUGAUCCUAACCAUACUCACGUGGGCCAACUGGGUCAUGGUGCUAGUUUCCCCUACAGCGCCCCUGGUGGAGGCAGGCCAGACUACUCUGGGGUUCCUCAAAGGCAUGAUGACCCUUUAUCCCUUCACCAAGCCCUUGGACAGGCUGUAGAAGAUGCUCAAGCCGGAAUAGAUGAUAAUACGGGUUUUAUCACAGAUCUUCCAUUGCUCAAAGGUAUGAAAGGGGCCAAAGACCACUCGGGGAGCGGGGCUAUGGUGUCCCCUAGUGACGUAUUUUGUUCAGUACCUGGUCGGUUGUCGUUACUCUCUUCAACGUCAAAAUACAAGGUGACUGUGGGUGAAGUACAAAGGCGACUUUCACCACCAGAGUGCCUCAACGCUUCGCUCCUAGGUGGCGUGCUAAGGCGAGCAAAAAGUAAAAACGGUGGUAGGAUCCUGAGGGAGAAACUAGAAAAAAUCGGUUUAAAUCUACCCGCAGGACGUCGAAAAGCGGCUAACGUCACUUUACUCACCUCCUUGGUCGAAGGUGAAGCCAUCCAUUUAGCUAGAGAUUUUGGUUACGUGUGUGAAACUGAAUUCCCAGCAAGACAAGUAGCCGAAUACCUUCUGAGGCAGCAUGGGGAAACACCCAGACGAAAAGAACUCCUACAAGCCACGAAACAGAUCACGAAAGAGUUAAUGGAUCUGCUCAAUCAAGAUAGAUCACCCCUAUGCAAUACUAGGCCCCAAAUUUUAUUGGAUCCCUCAAUACAAAGACACCUAACGCAUUUUUCUCUCAUAAGUCAUGGAUUUGGGAGUCCCGCGAUCGUUGCGGCACUCACAGCUAUCCAGAAUUUCCUCAGCGAAAGCCUGAAGCAUCUGGACAAGGUUUUUCCAAACCAAAACGCGGGACAAGGUCAAGGUAUGCUGGUAACUUCGUCUCUGGACAAAGCCAAACUGGACGACAAGAAUAAAUGACGUUGCUCGAUGAUGUGUUGUGAUCUGAGGAGGUUAAUGUUCGAAACGUAGUUGCCGUGUGAGCGUCUUCGAUGGUAAACUACCUCUUUUUGCGAUUAAAAAUCACAGAAAAGCGAACUGUGUGAGGGAAAAACAGAAUUGGAUGAUUGUUGAAAAUGUUUUUUCGUCUGUUUUUCUUUUUUUUGUAUAAUGUACAUUGCCGAUCAUCGGAUAUAUUUUUUUCUAAACAGUGCCAAUGCCGAUAAUGUAUUAUAAGAAUAUUAUUUACGUGAAACUUGGGUAAAAAAGAAAUAAAUUAUUAUGACACAACAA